AUGGCGGACGACCACUCCCUCUCUGCUGGGCAGGAAGGGUUGUCGUCGCCAUGCAACGUGUAUCGGAUUAAGCACAACCCGUCAUGGAUAAAGUUCGGCAUGCAUCCUGAAAUUCUAACAGACACCAAUGCUCGGUCGAGUCGACUGACGUCGCGCUGUGCAUUGUCACGCGGUGCGUCCAGGGAGAGCUCUGCCGUGCCCUCUGCAAACACACCGUUUCUGUCUACCGCAUUGGCACGACAGUCUGCGUCGAGUAGCAGCCUGGCUGCAAUUGGAGCCCGAGCAGCUUUGCGACACGAGCAACAUCAACAAGCGCGUGCAACUUCGAGAUCAACGGACUCGCAACCACCUGCUUUCCACGCUAGCGCUGUUCACCGAGAUUCCCACUCAUCGGUUUCAGUCAGUGGAUUUGCGACUCCGCGCGUCCGUGGCGACAGUGACACAGAGGCAUGCGCUCCAGAAAGCGCUUCAUUGGAGAGGUCCGAAUCGAUGUGUGGGGGAUCAGCUACCGGCUCGACACCGGUGACCACGGCCUUUAAGGGCAAGGGCAGCUUUUGCGAUCACGAGAGCGAGAUGUCUUGCUUUCCGGACGACACACAUAGCUCUGUUUUCACAAACUCUUCAUGCAAAGCGGGGGCGGCUCGCGUUCCUUCGCUUCAGCCAUCGGUCUUUUCUUUUCCGACGGCCUCGUCGUCUCGCGCGAAGAACUCACAUCUCAUCGGCUCUGCAGCUCUUGUCGGGGUAGCUGGACCGCUGGACAACUUGUACGUUCCACUGCGUCGACCCGCCCCACGAGGCUGCGUGGCAACACGCCAGCACUUUUUCCUAUUCGAGGGCACAAAUUGCAAGCGAUCGCCUGGAAUGUCAGCGAUAGAGACUCGGGCAGCCCCAGGUGUUCAUAGGGAGGUGCAUAUCAGUCGCCGCGGCUUUGUCGGUGGUGCGCCUGAGACAGACACCUACAGGACUACCAACAGCGCCUAUGGUCGCGGGUGCUGA